AUGCUCCUGAAGAAGAACAACAUAAGCGUGUUGGACUUCAUGAAGAAGAUGGGGAAUCGUCUGGUCUCCUUCCACUUCGGCGCGGUGUAUAGCCAUGAUAUCGCAAUGCGGGAGCUGGUGGAUGGCUUCAAGCCUGUGUAUGGGGCUUCGAAGCUUGGCAAGAAGAGGUUCGGUUCCAGCUUCAGGAACGACGUGAUGGUGUGCUUCACUGGCUGCGGUUGGCACUGCUACUGGUCGAACGAGAGGCUUGCGAGGGUUGCGAGCUCCUCGGGCUUUGGGGCGGUGAUGAAGAACCUCGAGCUCCGCCAUCCCUUCGAUGUGAAUCGGGAGGGGACGGCCUAUGUCCGCGGGGCGGAUGGGGAUAAUUUCAGGACCGGGAGGAGGGAUAUCCUCUAA